UAUUUUGUUCGCAAAAAACAUUCAAUGUCAGCGCCUGUAAGGCGCCCCGUUUAUUUGAUUCCAUAAUAUUUCAUAACCCUCAAAAAAGGAGCCGAGUUUCUGCCAUGCACGGUGGUGCAGUGGCCUGCAAUCGCAUGUCGGAUCUGCAGCCACCAGACUUGAUGCUCUGGAGCUAUGAGACUGGCCGCGAGUCACAACACAAGAAUGAAGCAUAUUUGCUCCUCUAUGUUGCUCAGAAUAGCACUGAAGAUCUGAAAAUGGUCAAAGAACACAAGGAAGAACUCAUUAUGAGGUCCAUAGAAGCUUUCGGAUUCACAUCUGAAAGGCAGGAGAAGGUCAAGUGGUAUCGGUUGAAAUGA